AUGCAUAUUUCUAAAUUCCUUUUGUCCUUCGGGGUUCUGCUCUUGACAGGGGAGUCCUUGGCUGCUCAAUGCAAGAACCCUCCUCAACGUAAAGAAUGGAGACAAUUGUCCAAGUCUGAGCGUUUGGAUUACCUCAAUGCUGUGACUUGCUUGGCCAAUAAGCCCGACGUCACUGGGGGUCUUCAAAAUGCCACCAACUUGUUUCAGAGUUUCCAGGCAACUCAUUCGGAUCAGAACUCGGCGAUUCACUGGGUGGGCCACUUCGCGCUAUGGCAUCGAUACUUUACCGCCACCUACGAGCGGUACCUGAGAGAGGUCUGCGGCUACAAGGGUGCCCAGCCGUACUGGAACUGGGCCCUCGACGCAUCUUCCACGGACAACUCCUCCAUGGCUAUCUAUGAGACGGAAAUUUUCGAUAGCGAUUAUGGAUUUGGUGGCAAUGGAAAGCCCUUCCGGGAAGCGACUGCUGCUGAGAACUCCUUCAACCUCACCGGCCGUACCGGUGGUGGUUGUGUCCAAGACGGUCCUUUCCGCAAGGGCAAGUUCUUCUUGAACGUUGGAGAGCCCAAGGGUCAGUCUGACUGCCUGCGUCGUGAUUGGAUCCCUUGGAUCAUGAACUACUUUGGACGUCAAACUCUUGUGGAUCACGUCGAGAGUCAGUCAGACUAUACCUCCUUUGCCCGUGCCCUGGAGAACAUCCCCAACUUCUCUCAGCCCAACAUCCACGGCAGUGGUCAUUUCGGUGUUGGUGGUGUUCUUGGCACACUUGGAAACUCUGCCCACAGCCCCGGUGACCCUUUGUUCUUCCUGCACCACUGCAACCUUGAUCGCGUCCUUUGGAACUGGCAGCAGAAGGAUCUCCCCGCUCGUCUCCAUGAGGUUGGUGGCCCUAUUGAGCCACUUGACUACAGUGGUCAGAAUGUCACCCUGGACUUUAAGGUUAACAUUGGCAAACUCGCCGGCAAUGCUACCUUGGAGCAGCUACUUAACACUCAGGGUGAUGUUCUCUGCUAUAACUACUAUUCCCCACAGCUCGCUGCCUCGCAGGAUGUUGGAAACUAA